AUUAAUAAUCCUAAAAAAUGAACCCUUUAUUGCCACCUACCUUCUUAGCAUUAAACCUCAACUUUCUUGAACUCUGAACUCUAUUCACUUCAUAUAUCUCCAAGUUUGAUUUACUCAAAAAGCAAAACCUCAAGACCCAUUUUUUUCGUUUUAGUUAAUACAUAUAUAUUUGUUGUUGAAUUAAGAGAUAAGUUUUAGUAUGGCAGGUGGAUAUAGAGCUGAGGAUGACUAUGAUUAUCUGUUUAAGUUGGUGUUAAUUGGAGAUUCUGGUGUUGGUAAAUCUAAUCUGCUUUCUCGAUUUUCAAGAAAUGAGUUUAAUCUUGAAUCUAAAUCUACUAUUGGGGUUGAAUUUGCUACAAGAAGUAUUAAGGUUGAUGAUAAGAUUGUUAAAGCUCAGAUUUGGGACACUGCUGGCCAAGAAAGGUACCGUGCAAUUACAAGUGCAUACUACAGAGGUGCUGUCGGUGCAUUGCUUGUAUAUGAUAUCACUCGACAUGUCACAUUUGAAAAUGUCGAGAGAUGGCUAAAAGAGCUUCGAGACCAUACCGACCAAAAUAUCGUCAUAAUGCUCGUUGGGAACAAGGCCGACUUACGUCACUUGCGUGCUGUGUCGACAGAGGACGCCAAGGCCUUUGCUGAAAGAGAGAGUACUUUCUUUAUGGAGACUUCGGCACUUGAGUCCUUGAAUGUUGAGAAUGCCUUUACGGAAGUAUUGACCGAGAUAUACAGGGUGGUCUGUCGGAAAGCGCUCGAAGUUGGGGACGAUCCUGCUGCCUUGCCAAAGGGGCAAACUAUAAAUGUUGGCAAGGAUGAUGUUUCAGCUGUUAAAAAAGUUGGUUGCUGCUCUGUCUAAGCAAAAAUUCAAGAAAUCAGUGAGUUAAGCAACCAAAUGCUUACUGCAACCAGCAAAUGCUUCUCCUAUAGUUGCGUUCAGUAUUCUCAGUUUUGAUUAUCUUAGGACUGAUGUCUCUACUUAUAUUAUUCCAACCCUGUAUUGUUUCAUUAACUUUCUUUUAGUUUGUACCCUAUUUUGCUAUAGUCUUUGACUCUUGCAUCUUGCCUUUUCACACAAUUCAAGGCAGUGUUACUGAAAGAUUUUUACUAGUAUUUAUAUACAUUUACGUUCUUUUUUUAA